AGCGCCAAAAUGCCGAAUCCUGAAGGGCUCGUGCGCCAAAUGGUGCAGACUGAAUUUAUAAGCCCAAUGCUUUACGUUCGCAUAACAAAAACAUCAUAUGGGGGAAAAAACAAAACAAAACAGUUUUUCUUCCUGAGCUUGAAGUGCUAGGAGUGAAAAAUAAAUAAAUAAUACGUUGAAAGUACAAUCCCAGGUCCAGUUGGGUUAAUGUCCUCAUUUCCUUUCUCCUCUGUCCCUGGGAAUCGAUUCAAAACCAACAGAUAUUUUUUUUUUCUUUUUUAAGCAAACAAAGAGAAAAUAUAAAUGCAUUCUUUUUGAUUCAAGAAAGGCAUUCAGGCAAGAAGGGAGAAAAAAAAACUAAAACAAGCAGCUCGUAACAUGCAAGGAAUUGGGGCUUUAUCGUGGCUGGCGGUCUUCCUGGCUACAAGCAGCACAGGUUUGUUACAAGACCGUGGAGAGAUCCACAGUGCAAAGGUAAAGGGUUGUGUUCGUGCGGACCAGCCUGCGCAGGGACCCCAGCUUCUCAAUCUAGGGCAGAGAUGGAAGGGAACCAAGCCCUUAGCUGAACUGCGGGUCAAAGUCUCUGAACUCACCAGCGUCGAGUCCUCCUUCGAGUUCCGCACCUUUGAUCCAGAGGGGCUGAUCAUUUACGGAGACGUCCAGGAAAAAGCGGACUGGUUCAUACUGGCUCUGCGCUCCGGCAUUCCCGAGAUGCACAUUGGAAAAACAGGAGUCAGCGUGACUGUGUCCGGGGGUCCGCUGCUGAACGAUGGUCAGUGGCAUAGGCUGUUGCUGAAGAGCACGGGGCAGUUCCUGGGGCAGUUUGUGGUGCUGGAAGUGGAUGGGAAGGUGGUUCUCAACGUGGGGCUCCAUUCCCGGGAUGCACAGACCCCUCUCACGGGACACAUGAGGCUGGCCCUGGGGGGGAUGCUGAUCAACACCUCGGAGCUCUUCACAGAGCUGCUCUCCCCAAUGGACGGCUGUAUCCGCAGGUGGAACUGGCUGAACCAGAACUCCUCGUGGCUACAGGACCUCUCCACCUCCAAGCCCUGCUUCGAGCAUCUCUCCCGGGGCAGCUACUUCUCAGGGGCUGGGCUAGCCUCCUUCCACAGCCAGGAUUUUCCUCCUGGAGACGCGGAGAACUGGAUGCUGACCAUCGAGAUGACCGUUCGGCCGGACGAAUGGAAAGGGACUCUACUGGUCAUCACCUCCAAGGACCACCAGCCUCUGCUCACACUGACCAUGCACGAGAAAGAGGGGUCCCAGUCUCUCCAGUUGGAUGUUAAGGAGGUCUCACUGGUUUUGAGUCACAGACCAGUACGCCCGUGUCUGGAGACCAGUCUGCUGCUCAGGGUCUCAGCGCACGGGGUGGAGGUCCGAACCAACCAUUCUGAGGAGCGGGGGGAGCUGGGGGACUUUGCUGCCUGGAAGCAGGCCUGGGAGGAAGGAACCACCCUCUCCUUCGGGGGAGUCCCAGAAUUGCUGGAGGGGACUGGCUUUCCCGGGCAGGGAUAUUUCCAAGGCUGUGUGGGAAAGAUCCGGGUUCAAGGACGGGAGCUGGAUUUGGACUCGGCGCAUUACAAACACGACUCCAUCUGGUCCCACAGCUGCCCGGAGUGGACGGAGCAUUCCCAAGGGGAACUUUUACAAGAACCACAAAACAGGGAAGAUGUAGCAUCCAUCUAGGGGAGUGGAAGCCAAUUUUUGAAUUCCCCAACCGCUAGAUUAUUGGUUUUAUUAUUGAUGAUCAGUUGAUCGAUUCUGUCCAAUAUAAUUUCAAUGUCACGCCCAAAGCAGGUCAAAGGCAGAUUUAAAAUGACACAACAUUGAACCCAAAAUAACCGAUCAUUUUUAACUUGUGUCGACCUGUUGUUUUAAUUCCCUCUUCAACUAUACUGUUUUGAUAACUUACUCUAGUUUUGUUAACCCCAGAAGUCGCGUCUAAAUGUCGCUGUUAUUAAUUCUGCAGAUGCAGCCCCUUCAGAUGCUUUGAUGACGCCUCAAUAAAAAAGAAACUGAAGACUAAAAAUGA